AUGGCGUUGCCGGAGCUGCGGGCGGCGUUAGAGCAGAGGCUGGGCGCCCUCACCAUCCGCAAGGAGGUCGUGGAGCGCCCCGAGGUGUUUACAGUUGAAGAAACGAUGCCUCAUAUUCAACAUCUGAAAGGAGCACAUAGUAAGAACUUAUUUCUUAAAGACAAAAAGAAGAAAAACUACUGGCUGGUGACAGUUCUUCAUGACAGACAAAUUAAUUUAAAUGAUCUUGGCAAGCAGUUAGGAGUUCCGAGUGAAAAUCUUCAGUUUGCGGAUGAAACAGACAUGUUAGCAAAACUAAAAGUUGGUCAAGGCUGUGCCACACCUUUGGCACUCUUUUGUGAUGAUGGAGAUGUUAAGUUUGUUUUGGAUUCAGCUUUUCUGGAAGGUGGACAUGAAAAAGUAUACUUUCAUCCAAUGACUAAUGCUGCAACCAUGGGAUUGAGUCCUGAAGACUUUCUUGUAUUUGUGAAGGCUACAGGACAUGAUCCUAUAAUUCUGAACUUUGAUUAAAAACUGACUGGGAGCUGG